AAGCGAGAGAAGGAGAUCGCUGCGAGCGCGGCGAGCACCAGCAUGGCGGGGCUCCGGCGCCCGCAGUCCGGCGCCUACCGCCGCACGGCCGCUGCCGUGAACCUUCUGCUGGGCGUCUUCCAGGUCCUGCUGUCCUGCUGCCGUCCGGGAGGGGCUCAGGGACAAGCGAUUGAGCCCUUGCCGAACGUGGUGGAGCUGUGGCAGGCAGAAGAAGGGGAACUCCUGCUGCCCACUCAGGGUGAUUCUGAAGAGGAUAUGGAGGAGCCCCCUCAAGGACAGAGCUUCUCAGAGAAACUGUUUAUUGGGAAAGGCUUACAUUUUCAGCCGUCAGUUCUAGAUUUUGGAAUACAGUUCCUGGGGCGCCCUGCAGCGAAGCUUCUCCAUGCCUACAACCCCAGCAGGGACAGUGAGGUUGUGGUGAACUCAGUGUUCACAGCUGCUCGACAUUUUCACGUGCCACCUGUCCACUGCAGGGUCGUUCCAGCGAUGGGGAAAACUUCCUUCAGAAUUAUUUUCUUACCUACCGAGGAAGGGAGUAUUGAAAGCUCUUUAUUUAUUAAUACCUCCUCACACGGAGUCCUUUCCUAUCAUGUAUCUGGAGUGGGCGCUCGCAGAGUCUCUACCGAAGGGUCUGUGGAGCCGCUGCCGAACGCGUACUUCCUGCUUCCGCAGGUCCAGAGUAUUCAGCUUUCACAGACACAGGCACAGGCAGAGACCACUAAUACUAGCCUCCUGCGGGUGCAACUGGAAUGCAGUUUACACAAUAAAGUGUGUCAGCAAUUAAAGAGUUGCUAUGUGGGAUCCGAUGAUGCCUUACACUUGAAGAUGAGCAUAAUUGUAGCAGUGGAAAACUCCUCCAAGCAGCCCGAGGAGAACACUCAAGCCCUGUUGGAUCACCUCUCUAUCGUUUAUGUAGCUACCGCUGACCCUGGGGCCGCAGAUGAAUCUGCAGUAAAUAUGUAUGUAUUGCAUUCAGGAAACAGCCUUAUUUGGAUACAGGACAUACAUCAUUCCUCACAGGAAAACGCCCUGUCUCUGCUGUUUGAGCCGGUACUGCUACCUACGUCCACAACAAACUUCACAAAAAUUGCUUCGUUUACUUGCAAAGGUACCUCAUGUGACAGUGGAAUUGUGGGUGUGAGGAAGAGAAAAGACACCCCAGCAAUAAAAGCAUGCCUCUCCUCUCCUGUGCUUCAGGGGUAUUUCAGCGUGGAUGCCUCGACGGCCCAAUUUCACAUAGAGAGUCUCGAGAAUGCAACAGGAGUAUGGUCAAUAUGGUACCGCAGCCGUUUUGACCGUAGCAUUGUAAUAAAAGAUGUGUUUGUUUCCAAGGAGGCCAAGCACAUUUUAAAGGUUCUGAGUUUCCCUGGCCCUUUAUUUCUACCUCCAGGCUGUUGGAAUAUAUUUUCUUUGAAACUUGCUGUUAAAGGCAUUGCCCUAAAUCUGCUCACCAAUGUAUUUCUGACUACAAGCACCGGUGCCAUUUUUGCACUACCUCUGCAGAUUUUCUCGGCCCCAGCCAAGGAAGGGAGUCUGGGGUUUGAAGUGAUAGCACAUUGUGGCAUGCAUUAUUUCAUGGGAAAAACAAAACCAGAAAAUCCUAAUUGGGAUAGAAGCCUUUCUCUGGAUCGGUCUACCUGGGACAUGGAUUCUGACCUUGCAAAUAAGCUGUAUGAAAGAUGGAAGAAAUAUAAACAUGGCGAUGUGUGCAGGAGAAAUGUUUUGGGAAUGACUCAGUUUGCCUUUGCAAAGAAACCCAAGGAGUCAGAGCCGUUUGUUUCCUUUUUGCCUCGUCUGGUCCUGGAGCCUGGCCUCGUGUUGAACUUCAGUGCCACUGCGCUCAGGAACACUGUGGUGAAAUACUUUGUGGUGAGGAACCCGUCCCCUCGGCCAGUCUCUCUGCAGCUCCUGCCUCUCUCCCUAUACCCGAAGCCUGAAGCCGCAGUGCGCCUGCUGCACAAAUGGUUUGGCACAGAUAUGCAGAUGAUUAAUUUCACAACUGGUGAAUUCCAGCUCACCAAAGCUUGUCCUUACCAGGGUGAACCGUCUGAGGAGUCCAGGUUUGGUGCGCUCCACCUCCACUUGCAGCCGCUGGAAAUGAGAAGGAUUGGCGUUGCGUUCACACCAGCGGACUAUGGAAGAGUCACCUCCCUCAUUCUGAUCCGGAACAAUUUGACUGUCAUCGACAUGGUUGGUGUGGAAGGAUUCGGAGCACAAGAGCUCUUGAAAGUGGGCGGAAGACUUCCUGGAGCAGGAGGGUCACUCCGAUUCAAGGUGCCUGAGUCGACCCUGAUGGACUGCCGUCGACAACUGAAGGACAGUAAGCAGAUUUUAUCUAUUACGAAGAACUUCAAGGUUGAGAACAUUGGACCUCUUCCUGUAAGGGUGACAUCCCUGAAAAUCAACGGGUAUAACUGCCAGGGUUAUGGGUUUGAAGUGCUGGACUGCCAUCCGUUUUCACUGAACCCAAACACGUCCCGGGACAUCAGUAUCGUGUUUACUCCAGACUUUACCUCUUCCUGGAUCAUCCGUGAGCUGACUCUGGUCACCGCAGCAGACCUAGAGUUCCACUUCACACUCAACGUGACCCUCCCUCAUCACAUGCUGCCCUUGUGUGCAGAGGUGGUUCCGGGCCCCAGCUGGGAGGAGUCCUUCUGGAGGCUCACUGUCUUCUUCGUCAGUUUGUCCCUGUUGGGUGUGAUUUUAAUAGCCUUCCAACAAGCACAGUACAUUUUGAUGGAAUUCAUGAAAACCAGACAGAGGCAAAAUGGCAGCUCGUCCUCGCAGCAGAAUGGUGGUCCAGUGGACGUGAUCAGCUCCCAUUCUCACAAAAGCAACUGCAAGAACUUCCUCGACACAUACAGCCCAUCAGAUAAAGGCAGAGGGAAGAGCUGCCUUCCAGUGGGCCCAGCCCUGAGCAGGCUCCAGAACGCUGCCAAGAGGAGCCCGGCCAGCUACGGUCACUCUCAGAAGAAACACAAGUGCUCCUUCUACUACAGCAAACAGAAACCCAGUGCGCCCGCGGCCAGCAACGCCAGCGUUCCCACUGAGGGGAAGCCGACUCUCACCCUGGCAAGCUCCUCGUCUGCUGCCAAGGAGGACAUGUGCACUGACGGCAUGAGCGAGAGCUGGGUCAGCCUCAAAUAUGCCAGUGGCAUGAAUGUCAACUUGCAGAAGAAUUUAACCCUUCCCAAAAAUGUACUGAGCAAAGAGGACGACUCACUGAAACCCACAGUCGUCACUAGUUCUUCUUCAGAAUGUAGUAUGAAGGAGGGAACCCAGACGUGUAUGUUUCCUAAGGAAACUGACAAGGAAACUUCAGAAGACGUGGCUGAGCUGAAGGAGCAAGAGCCAUGUUCACAGAAGGCUUCUAAGAAGUCACCUGAAAGUCCUCUGCCCAAAACCCCACCCCAAUACCCGCACUCAGACUUGCCAGAAGUUUCCAGGAAACACGGAACUAACCAGCAAGUGCCUGUCAAGAGUGAAGUGGACAGCUUUGAGACUGUGAAAGGGGUUGACACCAAGCUGUCUUCAAUAAAGAAGACUCAGAAAGCAUCCCCAGAAGACACAUGUUCUGAGAGGCAGGACACGCCUUCAGCAGAGCAGGAAGAUCCUUACAGGAAGAGGAAGCUUCAGGAGAAAAGAGAAGGAAGCACACAAACUCUCAAUUGGAAUAAAAGCCGAACAUGUAGAAAAAACAAGAAAAGGGGUUCUUCCCAGGCCUCCAGGCCUCCUGACCAGAGUGAACUGAAGCUUGUGUGCAGCGACUUCGAGAGGCCGGAGCCGAGCAGUGACGUCAGAAGCUGGUGUGCCCAGGACAGCACUGGGGAGACGUGUAAAGCUGGCAUGGAAAUUGCGGGCAGCUCCCCUGUACGGAGAGAGGAGGACAGUUACUACCAGAAGUCUGAGAAGAAGUGCGCAGACAAGUUUUGCUCGGACUCCAGCUCUGACUGUGGCAGCUCCUCAGGCAGUGUGCGGGCCAGCCGGGGCAGCUGGGGCAGCUGGAGCAGCAGCAGCUCUGACUGCGACAGGAAGCCAGUGGUGGAUGCACAGCACUUCCUGCAGCCUGGAGACCGUGUUUCCCCACUGGAUCUCCCUUCAGAAGCUUGUGUUCCCGUGAGCCUCUCUCAGCACAUCUGUAGCCCCAUAGAUGUGAGUGGCCUGUCUCCGUUCCCAGAGCCCUCCUGUCCUGGUCUUCCUGCUGCACCUGUAGCUGCUGGAGAAGAGAAAGGUCUGUGUCAACCUGGAGGCCUGUGGCCUUCCCAGCCAGUGUGUCUGACCAGCAGCUUCAGCUGCCCUGUGGAGAACGGUGUGCCAGCUGCGUCACAGGAGCCCGCCUCCACCCCUGACAGCAGUUUCAUUGACUGGAGUGCGUCGUGUGAAGGCCAGUUUCCUAGUGUGUACUGCCCGCUGGAACUGAACGAUUACAAUGCCUUUCCAGAAGAAAACAUGAGUUACACCAGUGGCUUCCCCUGCUCCUCGAAAGUUCAGACCGACUUCACUGCCCACAGCGCUCCCUCCACCUGGAACACUCCAGCCAGCGUGCCCACAGCCUGGGGGCAAGCCAGUGUCGCCAACUCUUCGUCCUACCUCACGAGCACCCGAAGUUUGUCUCCCAUGUCUGGACUGUUUGGUUCCAUCUGGGCCCCACAAAGUGACGUGUAUGAAAACUGCUGCCCCGUCGUCAGUCCUCCCACAGAACAUUCGACCCACGUGGAAAACCAGGUCGUGUGCAAGGAGUACUACCCGGGCUUUAACCCGUUUCGUGCCUACAUGAACCUGGACAUAUGGACUAGCACGGCCAAUCGCAGUGCAGACUUCCCCCUGUGCAGAGACUCCAGCUACUGCGGGAAUGUGUGAGGGGUUGAGUUUCGAGCAGUGUGAAUAAAGGGCCUUGUGUUUUGAUUCCUAGCAUAAACUGGUUGUUGGGAUAGAGUUCAGCAUUGGUGGAUAUUUUGGCACUUUUAUAUAAAAAUAAAUGUUUUGUUUGUUUGUUUUUGUUUUUAAAUCUGGGUGCUUGUUUUCUGAACCCUCCGUGAGUUUUGGAGACUUGGCUUCUCUGGAUCACAGUUUCCACCAUUCAGGAAGUGGGUGGCUGUGGUUCUGUCCAAGCAGAUCCCUGGGAACCUGCAGAGAGCGUGACUUAGUCCUUCAUUCUCUGGAAUUCAGUGCUUUUGAAGAGGACCUUGUGUGUAGUCUCUGCAACCAGUCAGAUGAAGGCUGCCGAGGAAAGGCCACCUAGCAGGAAGUCACUCUCUGAUGGAGGCUCUCCAGGAAAAGGUCCUGGUGCUAUUUCCUGCUAUCCUUUUGGUAACAGUUGUCCUUGGCACUCUGCUAGGCCAGUCAAUGGUGGGCUUCCAGGAA